GGAUGAGUUCCAGACAAAGCCGUCAACGGGGAUGAAGCAUCAUCCGUCGUUGCUCGGCACGAUUUCAAACUAAGCCUCGCCUUCUAUCUUUCCUAUGUCGUCUUCUUCUUCUUCUUCCGAAGCAAAAUGGCCUUUCGACGUCUUCCUCAGCUUCAGGGGCCCGGACGUCCGCCUCGGCUUCCUCGCUCACCUCCACAGGGCUCUGCUUCACCGUGGCAUCAACGCCUACAUCGACAGCGAGGACUUGAGGCCUGGGGACGAGAUCUCGCCGGCGCUGGAGAAGGCCAUCGAGGAGUCGCGAAUCGCCGUGCUCGUCUUCUCCGAGAACUACGCUUCGUCCGGGUGGUGCUUGGAGGAGCUGGCGAAGGUAAUGGAGUGUAAGAGGCUCAAGGGACUGCUGGUGUUGCCUGUGUUCUACGGAGUGGAGCCGAGGGAGAUUCGAGGGCAGAGAGAGAGUUAUGGCAAGGCAUUGGCCAGGCACGAGGAGAAAUUGGGAAAGGAUUCUGAGAAGGUGAAGAAAUGGAGGCAAGCCCUAAUUGAAGCCGCCAAUUUGUCCGGUUGGCAUUAUGUCGAUGGAGAUGAGACCAAGUUCAUCGAGAGCAUCGUCAAAAGGAUCUCGGCUAUAGUAGGACGAGUACCCUUGAGUGUUGCCAAGUAUCCUGUUGGUGUAGGCUGCCGGGUAGAAGAAGUGACAUUGUUGUUAAGUAUGGGCUCGAAUGAUGUUCGGAUGAUAGGAAUAUGGGGAACUGGAGGUAUUGGGAAGACCACAAUCGCUAAAGCUGUUUAUAACAGUAUUGCUAGUCAGUUUGAUGGGUGCAGCUUUCUUCCAAAUGUUAGAGAAACCUCCAGUAAACCUGAUGGCCUGGUUCAUUUGCAGAAAACACUGUUAUCCGAGACAUUAUGGAAAGAAAAUUUAGUGGUCUUCAGUGUGGAUGGAGGUGCUAAUCUGAUACGAGAUAGACUUUGCUGCAGGAAGAUUCUUCUUGUGCUUGAUGAUGUGGAUCAUGAGAACCAGUUGAAUGCUUUAGCUAGAGAACGUGAAUGGUUUGGAAGAGGGAGCAGGAUCAUCAUUACGUCAAGAGAUAAACAUGUACUAACUUCUCAUGGGAUAGAUCAAGCAUAUGAAGUUAAACCAUUAGAUCGAGGUGAAGCUUUUGAACUUCUCAGUUCAUAUGCUUUUCCAAGAGACCAGACGGAAGACAUAAGUAGGGAUCUCAUAGAUAAUAUUUUGGGCUAUGCUAAUGGCCUUCCCUUAGCGGUUGUAGUGUUGGGUCCCUUUUUAUGUGGUAGAAGCAGAGCUGAAUGGGAGAGUACAUUGGGCAAACUUGCUGAAAGUCCUAAUAAAGAUAUAAACAGUGUUCUCAAGAUAAGUUUUGAUGCGCUUGAGGACAAUGAGAAGGACAUUUUUCUUGACAUUGCUUGCUUCUUUAAGGGGUUUUUAAGGGAUUAUGUAACCAGAGUUCUUGAUUGUUGUGGUUUAAAGGCAUUAAUUGGGAUUCAGAUUCUAAUAGAGAGAUCCUUACUUACAAUUGAGAAUGAGAUAAGAGUACAAAUGCAUGACUUGAUUCAGCUGAUGGGUCAAGAUAUCGUUAAGCAAGAGUGUCCAGAUGACCCUGGGAAACGGAGUAGAUUAUGGUGCUAUGAUGAUGUUUAUGAAGUACUGUCACAGGAUACGGGAACCAAUGCUGUUAAAGGCAUAAUGCUGCUGUUGCCGAGACAAGAAGAGCUAGACAUCAGUCCCAGUGCUUUCACACACAUGAGGAGACUGAAAUUGCUCAUCUUUCGGACUGCACAACUCAGCGGAGGUGCCAUACGUCUUCCUAAUGAUUCAAGCCGUGGAGGUCCCAUAUGUCUUCCUAACGAUUUAAGGUGGCUUGAAUGGCCUGAAUGUCCUUUGUCCACUCUGAAGUUUAGUGCUGGUCCAAAGAAACUUGUCCAGCUUGAUGUGUUUAACAGCCAGAUUAAGCAAUUAGAAGGGAACUUAAAGGGCCUUAAAACCUUGAAGUUCAUUGACUUCCACGAAUGCAAGUCGCUGGUUUAUAUGCCUGACCUCAGUGGUACUCCAAAUCUUGAGAUGUUGGAUCUCCAUGAGUGCGAAAACUUGGAGCGUGGCCCUGAAUCAGUUGCAUAUCUCUGCAAGUUGUGGUUUUUAAAUUUAAGGGGGUGCUCUAAAUUGCAAAAUUUCCCUGAUAUUCCGGAUAAAAAUGAAAGCUUGCGAGAAGUUUAUUUAGACAGGACUUCAUUUGAGGAACUUCCUCCGUCCAUAGAAAAUCUUGUCUCUUUGAAAAAAAUGACGUUGAGAGAUUGCAAGAAACUGGCAAUCCUUCCAUCCUGCAUUUAUAGGUUGCAAAAUCUUGAAGAGUUGGAUCUUAAUGGCUGCUCAAAACUAAAAAAGUUUCCAAAGGAGGAGGAUUCGAGCGAUCCCCAUACAAAGACGGGAUUUCCUAUGUUAUUGCGGUUGCACCUUGCAUGGUGCAAUCUAUCAGAAGUAGAAUUCUUGGAGAAUCUUUCAUGUUUUCCCUGCUUACAAUCAUUGGAUUUGUCGGGAAACAAUUUUACUAAUCUUCCUAUAUGCGGGCAACUAUGGAAUUUGUGGUUUUUGGAUGUGUCGAAGUGCGAACAACUACAAGAGAUCCCCUAUUUUCCAGUGAAAUUGACACAUGUAGAUGCAAGUGGUUGCAAAUCUCUGAGUAAAAUUCCCUCUGAGAUGGGUAACGUUAAGUUUAUCCAGUUAUAUGCAUGUCAUGAACUGGUCCCUAAUGGGUUCUCCCUGAAUGAUUGGUUCAAGCCUGAGAAACUUCAUCACAAAAUAAAUUGCCAAGUUAUUCUACCUGGUGGAGAGAUGCCAGCGUGGCUGCUUCCCAAUAAAGAGGGUUAUGUGUCUUUCGUGGCUUCAAAGGGCUUUUAUGAGAAGAUCCUAGGAGUUGCUUUGUGUUUCGUAAUUCGAGCAGAAGGAAUGAGGUCAUGCCAAUUUGAGUUUACCGCAUCCGUUAAUGGCAAAUGCACGGAAAGCCCCAUGGCGGCCAGGUCAUUUGAUUUGGAGCAUGUGUGGCUUUUGUUUAUGGAUCCAAAGAAUGUGUGGACAGUAGACGAUUUUGGUCCAAAUGACUUGAGUCAUUUCCACUUGAGCAUUAGAGUAUCUAGAAAUCAAAAUAUAUAUGGAGAUAGGAGAGGAAUUGUGAAACAGUUUGGAUUCCGACUAAUAUGCAAGCCACGAGAAAACGAUUUGGAGAUUUCGCGCGAAGAUAAUCCAACGAGCACCAAGGGUGAAAGUUCAAAUGAAACAAAAGAUGUACAAGAUGGUGAAACGUGCACUGAGGAAGGAGGAUUGAACAUAGCUGACUUCUCAAAAGAGAAGCAUCGUUAUUCCAGCCUUUGGCCUUAUCACCGAAACGUUCGCCCUGGAAGAGAGAUGCCAGAGGAGUUCGUCCUUGUCGAAGACGGUACUAUAUCUUUCAUGGCUUCACAAGAAUUUUAUGACAAGUUCCUAGGAUUGGCUCUCUGUGUUGUUUUCGAUGUAGAAGAUGAAAAAAAGGAAGUAUCUUUUGACAUUGUGCCACAUGUUCACGGCCAAAGGCGGAAUGGGCUGGCAGGAUCUCUCGGUUCAUUUGAUUCGGAUCACACGUGGUUUCAGUUUCUCCAACCAAAUGUGCUGUGGGGAGUGUUGGAGGGAGCAGUUGACUUCGGUGAAUUUGAGGAGAGUUAUGUACGAUUUAGUCUUACAAUUAGAGUCUUAGGUGGAACCAUGAAAAAAUUGGGAUAUUUGCUAAGUUGCAAGCCACUAGAGGAUGAUUUGAAGAUUGCACUUAAAGACGAUCAUUCAUUGGAUCCAGCUUCACUCUGUGAGGAUUUUGAUUCAGCGAGCGACACUUCUUGGGGACUUUGUUCAUUCGAAUACUUGCGCAAAUUUCACAUUUUUCCACCGGAAGUUAGCAGUGGCGAAACAGGUUAAAUGGGAGGAGGCGAGUGGAGUAGUGUUGGCAUAUGUUUCCUGAUACCCGAGGACACCUGUGUUGUUGUUGAAGUAAGAGAUGGCGUUCAGUUCAAUUUCUAAUGUCAGAUUCAAAUAUAUGAAAAUGGACACAGGAUGACUUGGCACACAACCUUCGUAGCAAGUGCUUGUUUCUCCAUA